AUGAACGCUGCUGAAAAUAAAGAAGAACAGUGCCAGAAUAGUCUCAAUAAAAUAUAUUCUGAUCUACUCCACCUCAUUUGCUCGUUCGAGAAAGGAAGUGGAUCUGAGUUGACUGUUCGCUUGCGACAAGUCGAAUCGGGCUUGGAACAGCUACGUGAAGCAAUCCUGUUGAUACCCGACAUUCAGAAUAACGAACAAAGACAACGUGACAAAAUCGCCUCCUUGUACAGACAAAUAAAGCUAAAAGAUGAGCUCAUCCAAUCCUUCAUGCACUACGAUAUCGUCGACGGAUCCGAAAGAAUCGACCUCAAGCGUGACUGA